UUUUUUAUUCAAAACGCUUUGCUUGCCAAACAAUCCUAUGCUGUCUGGUUAUUUGUAGGGAAAACAGAUUGGUCACUUGAGGAAGCACCGGGAGCAGAUGAACCAGUCAUUAUCGUUGGUGGAGGACUUGCGGGAUUAUCUGCUACUUUGGAAGCUCUAAACAGCAAUGCCAAGGUGAUCCUUAUUGAUGGAGAGAAGAAUCUUGGGGGAAACUCUGCUAAGGCUAGUAGCGGCCUGAGUGCUUGCGAAACCGUUACUCAGAAAAAGAUGGGUAUCCAUGACUCCAAGAAUCUCUUCUAUUCGGAUACGAUGAGUGCUGGGGAUCGCGAGAAUGAUGAGGCAUUGGUAGACAUGCUGGUCGACUCUUCUUCAGACGCAGUCGAUUUCCUUCUUAACUUAGGUGUUGAUCUGAGUGAUGUUAACCUAUGUGGUGGCCAUUCAGUGCCGCGAACACAUUGGAUUCCUCCACCAAAAGAAGGUCGAGCUGUUAAUGUUGGCUUUGGAAUAAUCACAAAAGUUAAGGAACGUAUCCUUGAGAUUCAAAAACAGAGACCUGAUGAUGUCAAAAUCAUGACUGAAACACGUGUAGUUGGACUUACGUCGUGGAAUGCAUAUGUUACGGGAGUUAAUGUUAUUAAGGAUGGAAAACGAUCAGAAAUAACUGGUAAGGCAGUAAUUCUUACUACUGGUGGAUUUAGUGCAGAUAAGAAUGAAGAAGCCAGCUUGUUGCAUGAAUUCGCUAGUGAUAAGGUCAGUCCAUUAGUAACAGUGUCUGACCAAUCCCUUUUCUAUAUGCAGCUUAUUUGUUCGCCUUGUACUUAUAAUAGCUUAAUUAAAGCUUGGGGAGCCUUUUGAGU